CAACAGAAGUCCUUGCACCCCUCUUCAACCUGCUCCGUGGCAGUGAAGCCCUCGACUCACCGCGCUCCCUCACGCCAGAGGCUCGAGAAUCCAUCACCAAGGUCCAGGAGGCCCUGUCUUCACGGCAAGCCCACCGGUAUGAGCCCAGCCUGCCCUUCCAGCUGGUUAUCCUGGAAAAUGGAGAGCAAAACCCUCCUUGAGUUCCUGAUGUCCCUGAUUAUCUGGAUGCUCCUGAAAACAUCAGCUGUGGAUGCCUGGCUAGUAGCACAGCCCCAGGAGAACGUGUGGAUCACCCUCGCAAAGACACUCCAACAAGACCACAUGUGCUUGUCCAUGGGCAGUGCCACCAACCCUCUGUCAUCCUGCCUGGUAGGGAUUCCUUUAAAGCCCCAUGAAUAUCCUUUCACAGGGAAAGAACCCAACCCAGUAGACACUUGGGAUGAGUGGACAAAGAUCUUGCCCCAUGCACCAGAGGAACCCCAGGAAUUAGAGCUUUUGGGAUCCUCCAAAGCUGCCUACUGCAUAAAUUUUAAUUAUCACCCAGUAGCCAAUGCAUGGCCUGCCUCGAAAUACCAAAAGGCAAUUAAAUCAAGGAAAAAUGUAACUCCCAACAGUAAAAUUUACAGUCAGUCCAAAUGGUGCAAUUACACCAGCAGCACACGAUCCACCUCCUCUCACUAUCCCAGAGUGCUGCCCCGGGGAGUGUUCUUGAUCUGUGGGGAUAGAGUGUGGGCAGGAAUCCCUUCCCGACUCCGGGGAGGUCCUUGCACGCUUGGACAGCUUACCAUCCUCACUCCAAAUUCAACUCUAAUAAAUGAUUGGCUGAAAAAGAAUGAAUUGGCCCACCAAAAGAAAGAUCUCACACAAUUAGAUGAAAAAUGUGAUAACCAAAUUAAAGAUCGGUCCUACACGAAGAAGAUAGUGAUGUCAGCAUUUUUGCCGUGGGCAGCUGCUGCUAAAGCCCUUGGUGAGCCUUCUCACCUGGAGUGUUGGCUUGGUAAGCAGGCCAACCGGACCUCCUCUGUCCUGAGCGACCUCCUGACAGAUGAAGAAACUGUUAGGCAUGCUACGCUACAAAACCGAGCUGCCAUAGACUUUCUGCUCCUGGCCCAUGGACACGGCUGUGAAGAAUCAGAUGGUUUAUGCUGCUUUAACCUCUCCAGCCCCACUUCUCCUGCCCACAGACCUUGGAGCUCUCCAUUGGGCACGCUGAAAGGCAACAGCAGCAAGAGCCACGUGGACAGCUGGAUGCUGCUCUCUGCACUGGGGCAGCACCUGAAGGAGCUCUAG